AUGCUGAAUGUGGCCAUUGGGUCCUCCGAUUUAAUGACGCGCAUUUUUUCCCUUGGAACGCUCCAGAGCAACAAAAAUUGGCCGCGAUCGCAGCGAGACGGGCCAAAGCAUUAUGAACUCUCGCCCCCCCUUGGCUAUGACUGCCUGCGCACCAACUCAAACAUCCCGUACUGGUUAAUCACCAUCACCAUCGAGCAAACUUUUCGCAUUCUCACUCCCCCAAAACCUCCUCUCUCAUCGACAUCAGAGCUACCCCAGCGGGCCACCCCCGGCUAUCCGGGAUUCGCCCAAACAAUGCCCACUUCCCAGAGCAUCGAUGCGCAAGACCACGACAGGUUAUCCAUCCCGGAAGAUGCAUUCGCUGGCGAUACCAUGCUGUCAUCAAAGGAUGAUGGCGCUGAACAGGUGAUGGACAUUUCGGCUGGUCAGAAGAUGCUAUCAGCCAUCUCGGGCAGCUUGUUGACAUCGCUGCUUGUCACCCCUCUCGAUGUUGUCCGAGUCCGACUGCAAUCGCAAGCAACGCCUCAAGCGUACACUGCAGACCUCUCCAAGCUUGCAACUUCAACCUCCACGCCAAAUGCAUUCCGGCCAUCUAACCUCGGCGUCACGGCUUGUUGCCGAGAAGUCUUCUUCAUGAACAACGGCGCUGAGCUGUGCGUCGCAGGACCCAGAAUAGAUGCGCUGGGGGGAUCGGCUAUAGCUGGCGAUUGCGCAGUUGAGCAGACACAAAAGAGGGCCUUUAAUUCGACUUUUGAUGGCCUGAGAAAGAUUGCUCGCAACGAGGGCGUGACAACCCUGUGGCGAGGUCUCUCACCUACUCUAGUCAUGGCUGUGCCCGCCAACAUCAUUUACUUUACCGGUUACGAAUGGCUUCGAUACAACGAGGCGAGCCCCAUAAGCAAGCUCAAAUCCGACAUCUAUGCACCGCUCGUGGGCGGGUCUGUGGCCCGGAUUCUUGCAGCCACAGCCAUUGGUCCCAUUGAGCUAUUUCGCACCCGCAUGCAGGCCACGUCUGGCUCGACCGCGACGAACCACUUUGCCAAUACGUUUGACAGCAUGAAGACAAUGUUGGCUGAGCAUGGACCUCGAUCAUUAUGGCGAGGUCUCAAUUUGACACUCUGGCGCGACGUGCCGUUCUCGGGCAUGUAUUGGUGGGGCUACGAGACGAUCAGGGGAAAACUCACAGACAUGCGCGAGGAGCGUCGCGGCCGCUCGAUAACUAGAGAAGACGGCUCGCGCCGCCGGGUUCGGAGCCGAUCCCAGAGCCAAGAGAAUCACACGGCGACAUUCCUGGACAGCUUCACCGCUGGCGCCGUCUCGGGCUCACUCGCUUCUAUUGCAACGAUGCCUUUCGAUGUGGGCAAGACGAGAACGCAGGUCUUUAGAGACUCGGCUAGAAAGGUUGCCACGGAUGGAUCCAAGACAGUGGCUCCCGAAGAGCAAUCCAUGGCACGUUUAUUAUGGCACAUUGUCAAGACAGAAGGCGUGGCAGGACUGUGGAAAGGCUGGAUACCUCGUACACUCAAGAUCGCACCCAGCUGUGCCAUCAUGAUUAGCAGCUACGAAGUUGGAAAGCGAACGUUUAGGAGCAUCAAUGAAAGGGCAGCAAUGAAGCAAAACGGCGAAGAGGCCACCAGUGGGCGAUAA